AUGUUUGGACAAAAUACAAAUAAUACAUUUUCGAGAUUUGGACAGCAAAAUUUGGGUACACAAGGGACCCAACCGACAUCUACGGGGAGUGGAAGUUUAUUUGGCGCUGGAACGGGAGUAUUUGGAGGAUCUGGAUUUGGUCAGGGAACGUCUUUUGGUGGAGGAAAUUCAGUGUUUGACCAGGGAACACAGUUAUCAUCAACGUCGAAUUUUAAUUUUGGAGGAACAAAAGAAGCAUCAGGAUUUAAUACGCAGACGACGAAUGUAUUUAAUAAUCAAACGGUUAGUACGCCAUCUAGAGGAGGUAUUUUUGGACAGAAUUCAACACCUACGGGAUUUGGAAAUACGAAUACAAAUUCAGUCUUUGGAAAUGCAUAUGGGUCAGGUACAUUUAGUGGGAAUUCGUUGAAUUCUCGAAUACCGACACGAGGAACGAGUAAUCCACCUUAUCAAGUGACACAGGAAAAAGAGACAUCAACGGGUGGAAUGCAAUAUUUUCAAUCGAUUACAUGUAUGCCGGCAUAUCAAGCGGCAUCGUUUGAAGAAUUACGAUUACAAGAUUAUAUGCAAAACAGAAGAUUUGGACAACAACAAGGGUUAUUUGGUUCAUUUAAUACAGGACAAACUACGGGAAAUAUCUUUGGAUCAGGAAAUCAAACGUAUACAUCACAACCUUUUGGAUCAUCUUCUGGAAUGAAUAUGUUUUCAAAUACGCAAAACAUAUCUACGCCAUUUGGACAAACUCAACAAAACCAAUCGAAACCUUUUGGUUUCGGGACUUCUUCGAAUACAUUUGAUACGACUAAAAACCAAACGACAGGAGUUUUUUCUUUUGGAAAUUCAGGGAAUUCUACUCAAUCUACUUCUUUCGGUUCAUCAAGUCUUUUUAGAACGGGUUUCAAUAAUACUCAGAAUGAUGAUAAUAAAACGACUACAUUUGGAACUGCUAAUAUGGGUUUUGGGCAGAAUACAACAAAUACAUUUGGAAGUGGGUUUGGAACUAAUAAUAUGGGUACAAGUAUUUUCGGUUCUAAUCAACAGCAACAACAACAACAACAACAACAACAGCAACAACAGCAACAAUCUACGACAACACCAUUCGGUCAAACGUCAACUACACAAAAUACCGGUUCUUUUACGUUUGGAGGAAAUACUAGUACAACAAAUAAUCCAAGUACAGGUGGAAUGCUUUUCGGUAAUCAGGUGCAACAGCCUUCAACAUCGUUUGGCCAAUCAUUGACUCAAAAUACAUCAUCGUUUAAUUUCGGGGCACCGAAUACGACAAAUACAACUACAAAUAAUGUUGGAUUUUCCUUUGGUCAACAAGAUAAUCAACAAAACAAACCUGCAUUAUCCUUUUCCUCCAAUUUGUUCGGACAAAAUAAUCAAACUCAAAAUAAACCUACAUUUAGCUUUGGAAGUAACACUGGUUUCGGGCAAUCAACAGUUAGCACUGGAUUGUUUGGAACCAAUAAUACAAAUACUAAUUCUUCUACUGGGCUUUUCGGAUCUAACACAACACCGACUUCUUCUAAUACUACGAAUACUAGCUUUUUCGGUAAUCAACAAUCAUCUAGUAAUUUAUUUGGCGCAAAACCUGUAACAAACACUGGUACAAAUUUAUUCGGAAAUAGUACUACCUUACAACCCAAUACUAAUACGAGUGGAGGGCUUUUUGGAAAUACUUCUGGACAAUCUUUUUUUAAAAAUAAUAAUCAACCAUUGGGAAAUAGUUUGUUCGGAAAUACUCAGCAACAACAGCAGCCACUCUUACACGCUUCUAUUGAUAAAAAUCCCUUUGGAAAUAAUCCGUUAUUUCAAAGUUCAAACAUUGGUUUUAUUACGAAUUCACCUGGACCCAUUGCAACUCCUCUUGUUACAAAUGUGCAAAAAAAGAAACCAGCUAUGCUACCGCAUUUUAAAUUAACCCCUGGAUCAUCAUCAUCAUCAUCAGGGAAAUUUCAGGAUAUAAAAGGCGUAUCAUUUUCCAAUAUCAAUUCACCGACUAUUAUUUCAGCAACAACUCAUUCUUUACAUUUAUUUGAUAAUCUAAAUGAUGAAACUAUGCUUAACGCUAAUGCAUUUUCCCCUAGGUCCAAUAUUAAAAAACUCGUAAUAGAUCGUAAAACUUCUCAAACAAAUAUCUUAACAGGUGGAGCGGAUCUUGGUGGCUUUGAGAAGAAUUUGUUAAAAGACACCGAUUCCGACAAACAAAAUGAUAAAUCUUUGACGAAACAAAGUAAUGGCAUGCACGAAAAAGUUCCUGAUCAAGAAUCUCCUACUUUGAUAGCAACUAAACAUCAAAAUAACACAAAAAUAGAUACUACUUCAGAUGUAUUACACGAUUCUAUAGAAGAAGAUAGAAGGGAAAGUAAUAGCUUAUCUUAUUGGACUUCUCCUUCAAUAUCGAAAUUAUUGGAUUAUACCACGGAUGAAUUAAAGCAUGUAAAUAAUUUUAAAGUUGGACGAAAGGGUUUUGGUCAAAUUAGUUUCCAAUUGCCCGUUGAUUUAACUACUUUUGAAGCCUUGGAAGAUAUUCCUGGAACUAUAAUUAUUUUUGAUGAAAAAGUCUGUACAGUAUAUCCAGAUGAAUCUCUUAAACCGCCAUUAGGUUGUGGAAUAAAUGUUCCAGCAAUAAUAACUCUUGAACGUUGUUGGCCAUUUAGCAAGGAAAAGCGAGAACCAAUAACUGAUCCGAAUCAUUCAAGAUUUCAACAACAUUUGGAUAGACUUAAACGUAUGAAAGAAACAGAAUUUAUCGAUUAUAUCGCAGAUACAGGUGCAUGGAUAUUUAAAGUCAAUCAUUUUAGUAGAUGGGGAUUACUCGAAGAUGAUUCUAGUGCUGAAAAAAAAGAUCAAGACGAAUUACCAAAGUCACAAGAGAUUAAAGAUCAAUACAUGAAUGCACCGCUUCACCAAAAAACAUUAUCUUCAAAUAAAGAAUCACAAGCAUUAACCAAACGAACUUAUCUAGAACAAGGAAAAAGGGAAUUAACACAAGAUUCCGAGUCAUCAAUUAAUAAAGAGUCAUUUCAACAAAACAAAGAUCUAAAUAAAAAAUUUACCGAUUUAAAAAAUACAUUUAUUUCUCAACAUCCUAUAACAAAAAUUCCGGGUUCAUUUAUUACGGAAAAUCCGUCAGAAAUCAUGAAUUAUACUAUAGAAAAUAAUACUGAACUCGAUAUAUCUAAGGAUGAAACUGAAUCAUGCGAUUAUUUAUCUUUUGAUGAUACAGAUAAUCAUUCUAGUUUGCAAACUAUAGAUGAUAUGAUUGAUACAUCCAGUAUUGAUUUCAGGAAUAAGGAAUCUGAAUCAUAUUUUGAAGAUGAUUCAAAAAAAAUUACGUCUUAUAAAAAGCGGGACAAUUCGGAUGAUGAAUCACUUGAAAUUCUAUCAUUAUCAUCAAGAUUACCCUUUUUACAAGAUAUUAAAACUUGGCCAGAUCUUUUGAAUCUUUCUAUUGAAAGAUUCAAUUUAUUACAUGCACCUAGAACUCGUGCUAAAAAAUAUCAGGAUCCUUCACGCCUUCAAUUUGAUUCACCCUUCAAUAAUUUUGAACCCGUAGAAAGAUAUGAAUUUCAAGAUUUAGAUAGAGAUUUAUACGAUGUUCAACAAACUUUGCAUUUACCGGUUUAUUCAUCUAAGUCUGAUUCAAUUGCUACUAUUAUUCCUGGGAAAUUCCAUUGGGGACUCAAUAAUAUUCUUAUUAUUCCCCUUAAUAACAAGAAUACUCAGCCAAGGGUUUUAUUAAAAACAAUAGAUAAUCAGGAAUCGAUUUUGGAUAAUAUUCAACUCGCUUUAGAAAUGCAGUUAAAACAUACGAAUAUUCAAAUAAAUGAAUAUGGAUGCCCUGAGGCAAAUCCUGAUUCUACGCUUACUUCAAAAUUGUUUAUACCUUUUUUCGAUAAUUAUGAGGCCAACAUAUUACAAUUAUGUGGAAUUCUUUUUGAUGAAAUUGAUAUUAAUUCCCAUAAUUUGCACUCUGAAUCUCAAAAAGCACAAAUCCUUAAGAUGCAAAGAAAACAAAAUCUUUCUGAUUGGCUUAAGGAUAUUGUCGCUACGAGUGUUGAAAACGAUCUUUAUAAAUAUGUUGAUCCGUCUUCAAAAAUGUUUUUAUUAUUAACUGGUUAUCAAAUAGAAGAAUGUUGUUUAGAAGCAUUAAAAAGUAGGAAUUUCUUUUUAGCCAGUCUUAUUCCUCUUAUUGGAGGAGACGAGCUUAUUCGAGAGGAUUGUAGAAAACAAAUUGCUGAUUGGAGAGAUUCAAAUUGUCUUCCUGCUAUUGGUAAAUAUUAUCGUGCAAUAUAUGAAUUAAUCUCCGGAAAUACAGAAACAUCUCAAGGUUCUGGGACAAAGGAUUCUGAAGAAUAUGCACCUGAUAUACAUAUUUCAGAAGAAUUAGACUGGAAAAGGGCAUUUGGAUUAAAAUUAUGGUAUGAAUUAACGGAUGAAAUGCCAAUAGAAGUAGCGGUCUUGAGUUACCAAAGAGCUUUUAAUGAAAAUUCUACUGUAUCUUCGCCGGAAAUCUCAUAUUCUAGGAAUAUCAAUGAUUCCAAUACACAAGAAUUUGACAUAUUAUAUCAUUUAUUAUUAUUAUUUAGCAAAAACGAUUAUCCUUUGGAAAAUGUUAUUGAUUCUCUUACUUUAAAUUUUCCUCUAGAUUUCAAGAUUCCUUGGUUGUUAUAUAUCAUUUUAUCACGUACAUAUAAUAUUCGACACUUUCAAGAUUAUUAUACAAGUUUUCCUGGUAAAAACUUGCACGAAAAUAUAACGAGUAUUCUUGGGAAUCAAUUAACCUUAAGCUUUGCUUCACAAUUAGAAUCUUGUGGUUUAUGGCAUUGGGCAAUCUUUGUUUUGCAGCAUUUACAAUAUGCGCAUAUUCGAGAAAGAGCAAUUCGUGAAAUCUUAGCCCGAAACAUUGCUGAUUACUAUAAUAAUAGAAAGGCCGAAUUAGAUAUAUUCUUAAUGCAAAACUUAAAAAUUCCAGAAAUCUGGAUUUUAGAAUCUUGUGCUCUUUAUUCUAGAUACAUGAAUUAUUAUCAAUCUGAAGAGAAAUACCUCUUAGAUGCUAAAUUAUGGAAUGAAGCUCAUAAAACUCUUUUAACAUUUAUAGCACCUCAAGCAGUUAUAUAUUCUCAACAUGAUGUUUUAUAUGCAUUUCUUCAACGUUUUCAAAAUACAAGUGCUAUUACAAAUUGGAAAACAGGAGGACAAAUUUAUUUGGAUUAUAUAGAACUUUUAAAAUUUAAUGAGAAAUCAAAAUUAUCAUCUUUAAAAAAAAAUGAUGACUUUAAAAUAAUCCAAACUCAAAAAGACCUUGUCUUACGACUUUUACAAACCUUACCAAUAAUGGAUGCAAAAAUAUUCGAACAAUCUGUUGCUAUCAAAAUCAUGUCUAGUUUUUCCGCUUCUUUUAUACUUUCUAACAACAUUAUGGUAUUCAAAUAUACUCCCCUCUUUAACUAA